CACGUGACCGCGCCUCUCCCCCGUGAGGCGGUCACAUGACUAGGGGGAAAUGGCUGCGUUGACGGCGGACAACUUUGGGGCGCUCCAGAGCCUGUUGAAGGCUUCCUCAAAAGAUGUUGUCAGACAGCUGUGCCAAGAGAGCUUCUCCAGCUCAGCCCUCGGCUCGAAAGAACUCUUGGAUAUCACGUGUUCCAGCUUGUCUGUGACCCAGGAGGAGGCAGAGCAACUGCUCCAGGCCCUGCACCGCCUCACCAGGCUGGCGGCGUUCCGGGACCUGUCCUCCGCCGAGGCCGUGCUGGCUCUCUUUCCUGCCAAUUUCCACCAGAACCUCAAAAACCUGCUGACCAAAAUCAUCCUAGAAAACAUAUCUACGUGGAGAGCGGAAGCCCAAGCUGAUCUGAGCUGUGACAGCCCUCAGUGCCUGUCACAGAGUAAAGGCUCGGUAAACGCGGGGACGCGAGCUCUGAGCGGGGCUGUCCUCCUCCUCCUCCCCCACAGUCUCUCUGCCACGCCUGGUGGACCUGGACUGGAGAGUGGACAUCAAAACCGCCUCCGACAGCAUCAGCCGCAUGGUGGUCCCCACCUGCCUGCUCCAGAUGAAGAUCAAGGAAGAUCCCAGUCUGUGCAGGGACAGCCCUUCUGUCUCAGCUGUCACCAUGGAGCUGAGCAAGGAAACGCUGGACACUAUGUUAGACGGGCUGGGCCGCAUCCGGGACCAGCUUUCUGCCGUGGCCAACAAAUGACGCCGCCAGCCGCCGGCCCCACUGCCUCACCCCGGCUGCUGCCAGUGAUGGAGGGGGCUGCCAUCCGAAGGCACAGCUGCACUGGAGGACGCAGCCACGCCCCACGCUGUUCUCCUCACUCAUCUUCCUCUUCCCAGGCUGGUGGGCAGAAGCCGCCACCUUAAGGCUCCUGCGUGCACCUGAGUAACCGCCGUGGCCAUGUGGGGGCGCAUGAGCCUGUCAGCGGCCCUGUGGCCGCUUGAACAUUCGGGCCCCGUUGGGGAGCUCUCUCGUAAGUUCCUUUCCAGCACCAGCUCUGAUGAGUGCAUUCCCAGUCCUGGGACACAGGAAGGGGGUCAGGUGGUGGGUGCCAGUGGCUCCUGCUUCUCUGUCCGAGAGGCCAGGCAGACCCCACAGAGCAGGGUCCCGGCAAUGUGGCCGCCUGCCCUGAGGCCAGAGCCUCCUGUUGGCGCAGGAGGUCUGAAAUGGGGGCUGAGUCUCUUCACGAAGCUGGGCCCCAUCCUUGGAUCAUGCAGCCCCUCCAGGGUGGUGAAGUGGAAGUGAUGGGAAUAAACAACAGUUCUGAAAACAAA